AUGAGGAAAUCCUUCCUUUGGAAAACAAUCUUACCAGUCUGCCUGGCGACUCGAACAGUAGGAUUUGGUAUUUUUUGGGUCUCACCUAGCCCAAUACUUCGUUACGAAGCAACACUCAUCGUACCUUCGUCGCCACCGACAAUUCCUGGAAUCAUCAAUCACUCCAGCAUAUGGCCUGGCCUCCAACCUAGUCCCACAGACGCAGUGUUACAAAAUGUGAUCGCCGACAUGACCGGGAACUGGAGUUUCUGGCCUGAAUUUUGUUGCUCGCCUGAUACACAUUUGCAGGAUGAGCAAGAUGUUUUUACCGGAGAUUUGGUUACCAGCAUAUUCACCAAAAACACCACUUCAGGAAUCUGGACAGAUAGCACAAUCAUCACUCGAGGCUCUAUCGGGACAGCAGCUGGCUUCCCUCCCUUCCAAGGAUCCUUUACUUUUGAUCCUUCACAAUACGGAACACAUAAUGAAUACACAAUGGCAUUGGUAGACGUAGAAAUCCACAACAACGGAACAUGGAACUACGGCACAGUAUCAUUCCAGAACCUUAUCAUCGAAUCUCAAACCAUAGAAACAGACUGGUGCUUGAAGUUCGUUUCCCGUUUCCCGAAAAAGAAUGAUAUGAGCUAA